UUUGAUGGGGUUUGUGUGUUUUUUUCUUUAGGGGUUUUCACUACCGAGAUAGAUGCAGAACAGGGGAAGGUUACAGUCACUGGAAAUGUCGACGCCGCCGUACUCAUCAAGAAGCUGGCUAAAUCCGGCAAACAUGCAGAGAUUUGGGGCGGACAACCGGCGAACAACAACAAGAAUCAGCAGAACAACAUAGCUAAUCAGAUGAAAAACAUGCAAAUUGACAAUGCUAAAGGUGGGAACAACAAGGGUCAGAACCAGAAGGGUGCGGCUGCUAAUGGAGGAAACAAUCAGCCGAAAGGCGGCGGACAGGGACAGGGGCUGCCACCGGUGCAGGUGCAGCUUCAGCAGCUACAACAGAUGAAAGGGUUUCAAGAUCUGAAGCUUCCACCCCAAUUUAAGGGGUUGAAACUGCCUGUUAAAGAUCAAAACGUGAAUCUUCCCAAGGGUGGGAAGUUUAAUUUGCACGAAGGUGAUGACCUGAGCGAUGAGGAUGAGGAUGAGUAUGAUGAUGAGGAUGAUUAUGAUGAUGAAGAUGAACUUGAUGAUGAUUUGGGUAAUCUUCAUCUCCCUCCUGCGAGUAAGAUGAAACCCAUGAUGGGAAAUGGCCAGAUUCCGAAAAUUAUGAUGAAUGGGAACCUUCCCCCGGUUGUGAAUGGUCCGGCCGGCGGUGGUAAUGCCAAGAAAGGCGGCGGAGCUGUGCCGGUUCAGGGUAAUAACAAUGGGAAGAAUGGUAACGGCGGAGGAGGUAAAGGAAAUGGUGGCGGCGGUGGUGGAGGUGGGAGUAACCAAAAGCAGGGCGGUGGAGGUGGGAGUAACCAAAAGCAGGGCGGCGGCG